AUAUAUAUAACACACCACUCCUCUCUUCUUCAUCAUCUCCAUCUCCCUCUUCAACCAUGGCUUCUUUGAAGAUCUUAUCCGUCCUCCUCAUCUCCAUCCUCUCCACAUCCUCCGCUUCCCUCCUCAAACCCGACUGCAGUUCCUGCUCCGAGCCCUCCCCCACCGCCGACCCUAACCUCCCCCUCCCGCCAGUCGGAAUCCCCAAACUGCCCCUACCACCCGUCGGCAUCCCAAAACUGCCCCUCCCGCACGUUGGAAUCCCCAAAUUGCCCCUCCCGCCAGUCGGCAUCCCCAAAGUGCCACUUCUGCCGCCAGUUUUGGGGAAGCCGAAGGGCAAGGGCAAGGGCGGGUGCCCUACGCCCUCAAAGGGAGAGACGUGCCCCAUCGACACGUUGAAGCUGGGCGCAUGCGUGGACCUUCUAGGAGGGCUGGUGCACGUGGUGUUGGGAGACCCCGCAGUGAACGAGUGCUGCCCCGUCAUCUCCGGCCUCGCCGAGGUAGAAGCCGCCGCCUGCCUCUGCACCACCCUCAAGGUCAAGGCACUCAACCUCCAAAUCUUCGUUCCUUUAGCUCUGGAGCUCUUGGUCACCUGCGGCAAGGCUCCGCCGCCCGGCUACACUUGCUCUCUCUAAUUCAUCCCAUUAUUUGUGGGAAUGUUGAAGUAUCGGACAUGAGAGGAUGUCACAUUAAUCCAUUUCCAUUGCGUUGAUUGCUAGAUUUGGAUGUAUGUUUUUUGAAUUGUUUAGUUUGCAAUUGGUCAUCUUGAUUUCAUUAUGUAAAAGUACUAGUUCCACAGUCAUGUGCGAGGAAGCAAUUAUUGAACAUUAUUUUUCGAGCAA